AUGAAUGGCUUUCAAGUGUGUAUCAAUCAAGUUGGAUCUUAUUAUUGUCAGUGUAAUACUGGAUAUACUCUUGAUGAUGAUGGGCAUGGAUGUACAAGUGAUCCUAAUGAUUGUGCUGCUAAUCCAAAUGCUUGUGAACAUAUUUGUCACACACAUAAUGAUUCUUAUUAUUGUACAUGUUAUUCUGGAUACAGACUAGCUAGUAAUGGUAGAACAUGUGAUGAAAUUGAUGAGUGUAGUGAAGGAUUAUCCAGUUGUAAUAUGCAGUGUAUUAAUACUAUUGGAAGCUAUUACUGUACUUGUUUCACUGGUUUCCAACUGAUGAAUGAUUAUCAUACAUGCCAAGAUAUAAAUGAAUGCUCUGUUAACAAUGGAGGUUGUGAAGAUGUGUGUACAAAUACUAAUGGAAGCUAUUUAUGUGCAUGUCAAGAAAAUGGGUACACAUUGGAUGGUAAUCAAGUUAAUUGCACAGACAUUAAUGAAUGCUCCAUUAAUAAUGGGGGUUGUGCAUAUGUCUGUGUUAAUACUCCUGGUAGCUAUCACUGCAACUGUGAUGAUGGAUACACUUUAAAUUUAGAUGAACAUAAUUGCUUAGAUAUCAAUGAGUGUACUAAUGAUAAUGGAAAUUGUGAGCAUAUUUGUACUAAUACUAAUGGAAGCUAUAGUUGUUCCUGUUAUGAUGGAUACCAUCUAGAGAUUAAUGACAGAAACUGCACGGACAUUGAUGAAUGUGACAUUGAAGAUUUAUGUGAACAGAUUUGUACAAAUCAAGUUCCAUUCUUUAGUUGUUCCUGUAAUGCUGGUUAUAGAUUAUACAAUGAGAAAUUUUGUUCAGAUAUUGAUGAGUGCAGUGAAGGAACAUCAGGUUGUUCUCAGUUAUGUACUAACACUAUUGGUAGUUAUACAUGUACUUGUGAUAAUGGUUAUCAACUCACUAAUGAUAAUCACACUUGUACUGAUAUUGAUGAGUGUACUCUUAAUAAUAAUGGAGGAUGUGAACAAAUAUGUCAUGAUACUGAUGGUAGUUAUUAUUGUUCCUGUCCUAAUGGAUACUUCAUUGAUGCUAAUGGUCACAACUGUACAGAUUCUAAUGAAUGUAUUUUGAAUAAUGGAGACUGUAGCCAAAUUUGCACUAAUACCCUCAGCUCUUAUACUUGUUCUUGUAACACAGGAUAUAGUCUGGACACUGAUGGACAUAAUUGUUCUG